GAAACACCCAACGACAUUGUAUACAGGAAGAUGGAGACUUUUUUGGCCAAAAUGCAGCAGAGUGAAACAGGAGUGCCAAUACGUAACGUUAAAUACUUCAUCACAAAGAUACCCAGCGUAUUUUCAGGCGUCGACUUGACAUCAUGGAUCCUGCGAUGUUUGGACGUGGACGACACACAAGAGGCGCUGCACCUUGCUCAAAUGAUGACCUCACACGGCUACAUCUUCCCCAUCGACGACCACAUACUCAUGUUCAAAAAUGAUAACACUUACUACAGAUUCCAAACACCUUGCUUUUGGCCCAGCAUGAAUUCGGAACCGGAUGAUCAGGAUUAUGCCGUGUACUUAUGCAAGCGAACCAUGCUGGGCAAACAGCGUUUGGAGUUGGCUGAUUUUGAAGCUGAGAACCUUUCAAGACUUCAGAAGACGUUUGCCAGAAAAUGGGAGUUCAUAUGCAUGCAAGCUGACGCUCAAGCCAGACUAGACAAGAAGCGAGACAAGUCAGACAGACAGGUGAUAGAUAGCCAGGAGAGGGCCUUCUGGGACGUGCACAGACCUCCGCCUGGUUGCGUCAAUACGACUGAAGUGGACAUCGCCAAGACGUGCAGGAUGACCAAUCGCAUUAGAGUUCCCGCCUACAACGUUUUCGGUGGCUCCAUAUCUCCAAACGUCCUCGAGAGAGAUAAUAAAGGUGCCGAAGAGAGAACCAUUGAAGAUUUAACACUUGAAGUCAACCAGUUGCGGGUUUUAAUGGACAGAAGUAGAAUAAAAAUAUCUAAAGCUGCUGACGUUUACAUAGCAUACAGCGAACAAUACAAAGACUACGACCUCUUCAUAAACAACACUGAUCUCAUCAAUCCCUGGCUCACUGACAACUGUGAAUAUUGGGACGAUGAAUCCACCCUAAAGGACGUCCCCCAGAGGCGCGUACGCAAAUGGAGUUUCAGCAUUCGAGAACUGCUGAAGGAUGUGGCGGGUAGGGAUCAUUUCAUGCUCUUCCUCGAAAAAGAAUUUAGCGCCGAAAAUUUAAGAUUUUGGGAAGCAUGCCAGAUUUUACACAAAAUUUCAGAAUCGAGAGUCAAACAGACUGUGCGCAACAUCUAUAGUGAGUUCCUGGACACCACAGCCAGUGAUCCGGUGAACAUUGACUGUCGUGUGGCGGAGAUUGUACGUCGCAAGAUGGCGUCCCCUGAUAGAUACUGCUUCGAGGAGGCAGAAGACCAGAUCCUACAGCUGAUGAAAAAUGACAGUUACAACCGCUACAUUAGAUCCGACAUGUACAAAGAAUUUCUACUCACUGCAAAGAAAAAGGUUUGUUGUGGCAUGGCAGCACCACCUAUGCACGUACGCGCACACGCAUCUACGCACGUAAACAUGCACACAAACACGCGAACACACGCAAAAACACACGCACAACACUAGCGGAUGUCACUUACGCAAAGAAAACAGAACCACAAGCAGACGCGCACACAGGGGGACGCAAUGCGUACUUAUUAAUAUAUUAUUACGCAUCUCCUGCACACAAACAGCUGUAAAUACCUAACACACAUACACGAACAUUCAUUGCACACUUAUAUACACACAAAUCAACACACAUCUACAAACACAAAUCUACACACACACACACACCUUGAAACACCCACAUAAACAUACAUAUGCACAAAGCAGCAGAGCAAAAAAAGAUUCACUAGUGACGUCAGAAGGUUUCGUGAACUGACGUCAUCCAAGAGUCAACCGAACGUCACAAAUACUAACAUUGAGUCUUCCUGAUGAUGAUGGUGAUGGUGAUUAUAAAGAUGAGGAUGAUGACAAAACCUAAUAAUUUUGAGAUUAAUCUGUGAUAAGCUUGCUUUCGAUAAUAGAUUGCGAUUGUGACAAUGUUGAUGAAGCUACAGCUGCUGCUGCUGCUGAUGAUGAAAAUGAUGAUGAAAAUGAUGACGAUGAUAUUGAUGAAGGUGUUGAUUAAAUAACUAGUGGAACAUCUUAAACAAUAAUUAAAGCAAAUAAUUAUAACGUUAUCGUCGACCAACUGAUAAAAUUUAUUUUACUGAAAUGAGAUUAACUUAAAUAAUUGAAAUAAUAAAUAUAUAAAUAACUAUUUAUAUCAAAAUAUAAAAUAGACAAAAUAUUUUUAUUUAAGAAAUUGUUUAAAUUAGAAUAAACUCAAACUACGUACAAUUAUCGAUCGUUACGUAACACGUGUAAUUAUUAUUUUUUUAAAUAAAAUGCAAAAUGCA